AUGCCCCAGCCAGCAGCUCAGUACUCACAACCGCAGCAACAGCAGCAGCAGCAGCAGCAGCAGCAGCAGCAGCAGCAGCGGCCGCAGAUGCCCCAGCCAGCAGCUCAGUACUCACAGCAGCAGCAGCAGCAGCAGAUGCAGCAGCGGCCGCAUAUGCCACAGCAGCAGCCGGGCGCGCAGUAUUCACAGCAGCGGCAGCCGGUGCAGCCGGUGGCGAGUGCGGCGCAGCAGCAGGCAGCAUUCUCAGCAACCAUGGCGCUGCAGGCGGGGAAGGGAGGAGUGCCUGCAAACUUCAACCCUGAGCAGAUUCGCCAGCUCCAGCAAUUAUACCAGCAGCAGCAGCUGCAGCGGCAAGCGCAGGGGGCAGUGCAGCAGCCGCAGCAGCAACAGCCGCAACAGCAGCAGCAGCCGGGUCAGCCGCCGCCGCCAAAACAGCAGACUAUGACCGACCUGAUCGCGUAUCUGCAGAAGCAACUUCCCGCCCAUGAAGUGGCAGCUCUGACGGCCCACAUGCAGGCCUACAAGGUGGCCAGGUCUCAGGCAGCGUCCACUGCGCAGCAGCCGAACCGUAACGGGCAGCAGCUGCAGGCAGGGCAGCUGCCCAGAGCGCCGUCACCUGCCCCACCCAUCAGACCAGCUUCCACCCCUGGGGCAGUGUCACAGGCGCAGUCAGCGGCAAAUCUGGCGUUCCUGCGAGCGCAGCAGCUUGUCAGGCAGCAGCCGCAACAGCAGCAGCAGCAGCCUCGACCGGCUGUAUCCCAGCAGCAGUUUCCGUACCCAUACACAACAGUGCAGCAGAACCCAGGGCGGGAUCCGCGCGCGCAGGUGGGGUCAGCGCCAAUGCUUCAGCAGCAUCUGCAGCAGCAGAUGCCGGCGCAGAAUGGGGUGGCAUUGCAGCACGUGGCUGCGCUGGCGGCGGCGGCCGCUGCUCAGCAGCGGGCAGCCGCCGCGGGCAAGCGGCCGGCCGAGCCGGGUGCCACCGACCCGGCCGCCAAGCGCGUGAAGAAGGAGGAUGACCUUGGGAAUGAUGUUCUUGCGGACAGCGGAGUGAAUCUGGAGGAGGAGGAGAGCCGGAUGGUGGCGGGCCGUGAGCGCAACGUAGCCUCCACCAUGCCGCUGCCCCAGGAGACCCUCUGCAUCAACCGCGACCCCUUUACCCAAAAGGCGAGGGAGAUAGCGCGGGAGCACGGGUUGGCGGGCGUAUCCGCAGAGGUCUGCAAAAUCAUCAGCCUGGGCCUGGAGGCGCACCUGGGCGACCUGCUCCGGCGCGCAUUCGUUCUGGCCCGGCAGCGCGCUGACAUCGGCCGCCGCCUGCCUGGCAUGGAGAUCGUGGGCAACGUGCGGAGGCAGGUGCAGCAGAUCGCGAAGAAGGAGCAGGAGGCUGCGGAGGCUAAGGAGGCCGCUGAGCAUGAGAAGCUCAAGGCGGAAGCCAAGAAGAAGGCAGCGGAUGACAAGACGCGCGAGCGGAUGGAGAAGCUGAACAAGGCGCAGGACGAGAAGGUGCAGGCCUCGGCGGCCAACGCGGCCGCGCAGCUGGCUUUCGGCUCCAACGCGCGCUGGAACCGCUGGGGCGCCAAAAAGGACCCGGCGGCUAAGCCCGACGCCGCCGCGCCGUCGGCCGCCGCGGCCGGGAGCACUGCCGGGCCAGCUGAGGCGUCGGCCUUGGCGUCGGCUGCCGCCGCUCCCGCGGCCUCCGCUGCGGCUCCUGGGGCCGCCAAAGCAGAUGGUAGCGCAGGUGCGGCGCAGCUGGGCAUGCGUGCAGCGGCGCUUAUGCCCUCGGCACAAGGGGAGCGCAGGGCGUUGGCGCUGAAGGAUGUGAUUGCAGUGCUGGAGAGGGACCCCAUGUACGCCAAGAGCACAUUCCUCUACAAGCUCUACGAGCGCUUGGGCUGACAGUCAAGUCACCUGUGGGCAACCUUCUGGAAGCGGGUCUAAAGCUUUCUAGAGCUUGAAGCGAGCGCCCUGGGCCGACAGUCACCUCUAAGCAAAGUUUGUAGGCUCAUUUAAUGAAAGUGGGUUUGAAAGGGUGUUGUCGGCAAUCUGGAUUGCCAGAAACAUGAGACGUUUGAGCGGCAGUCAUCUGUGAGCAAUGUGAGCCCAAUUUUGGAAGCUAUUUGAAAAGGUCCUGUGAGCAACUUGGGUUGCCAGCCAAAUGAGAUAAUGCUCUGCAGUACUGAAAAGCGCAGAGAGGAAGAUGGACAGAUGCACAGCAGGUGAUUGGUUGGCCUGCUGUUUUCCUAACGUAGAAAGGGAGAUAAAUAUGCAAAGAUGCCUUGCAUGUACGAGGAUGUGCGAUGCUGCAAUCCAUAGCGCCAUGUAAAUUGGAGGAGGAGC